CCCUCUUUUAGAACUAGCCUGUUGUGUGUUAUGUAGCCAGGAACAGCAUUCUGAAUUCUACCCUGACACUUCCUGAACCUCCUAGCCUAUAAAUACCAGGGCAGGUCAAAGAGUCAGGAAGGAGUGAGCAGAAAUCCUCAGACCAGCUGGGCCUAUCCUCCAGAGGGAUGAGAAACUCCAAGACUGCCAUUCCAUUCUUUAUCCUUGUGGCUGUCCUUGGGUCCCAGGCUGGACUCCUAAAAGACAUGGUAAAAGAAGAGCAUCACUAUAACAUCUAUAACCCUCCAAUAGUUAAUCAAGGCUUCCAAGACUCUUCAGACUGCUGUUUCUCCUAUGCCUCACAGAUCCAGUGUUCAAGAUUUAUAUAUUACUUUCCCACCAGUGGUGGGUGCAUCAAUCCGGGCAUCAUCUUUGUCAGCAAGAAGGGGAGACAGAUCUGUGCCAACCCCCGUGAUCAGAGAGUUCAGAGGUGCCUACACACCCUCAAGCAAGGCUCAAGAUCUGGGAAUGGGCAGAUUGCUUGAGAAGGAAGGCAUGUGUUGCCAUCUGCUUUCUUCUGUCCUCCCCAGUGAUCACCUAGAAGACCCUAAGCAUUUGUUUUUAUAGAUACUUAAAGCAUUUAUUCUUCUGUUCAGGUUUAAAGCGGCACAUGUAGUCAACAGUAUUCCUGUGGACUCAGCCUGACACAAUUAGAGCCAUCUUGAGUUGCUACCAUCAUGAUUGUCUUUGAGUAACUGUUGGGUUUUCUUCAAGUUUCUUAGCAGAUUACAAAUGGACAAACUAUUAGUCUUUGGGGCUUUGGAAUGUGUUUGGUUCUGAUACAAGCUUAAGCCGGGUAUAUCCAGCUGAGAUGAAAUCAAUUUUGCCCUAGGCCAUACAUAUGUCCAACUUUGUGGGGACCUAGCUGUUCUUCCUGCCACCAUAGAGCAGUAAGUGUGUCCAAUAAAGUCCACUCCAUGUAGC